UGAAUUCUGAUUGCUCCCGCUUCAGAGCAGUUCGUCCUUCUUGCUCUCGAAUCCCCCCCACCUUCUUCUUGUGUUCCCUCCUACCAAUGCGCGACAUUCCUUGGGUUUUGAGAAAGAGUUCGUGAGGAAGCUGCGUUCUUGGAUUAGUUCCCCCCCUCUCUCCUGCGAUUGAAUCCCCGCCCCCGGUAAUGGCGGCACGGCCAUGGCUUGUGUCUUUUACCGCCGGGUUGUUGAGGUGUUCGAUUGAUUGCCCACAAGGCGGUUCGGGCUCGGGAUUCCGGGGUUGUCUCGGGGUUUUUUCAACGCAUCAGUAACUUGCUAACAUGUUGAUAAGCCUGCAGUAGCCUUUGCACUAUUUGAGGCACAAUGGAGAUAGCUUUUCUCAUGCUGUUUGUUCUCUCCCUGCUCCUCUUUCCUAAUGGCAUCUGCAAGAGCUUAGCUGCAAGGCCUCCUGUUGUGAAUAUUGGGUCGAUUCUUCAAUUUAACUCCACCAUUGGAGGUGUUUCGGCGGUUGCGAUCCAUGCAGCCUUGGAGGAUAUCAAUGCUGAUCCAACAGUUCUAAACGGAACAACACUGCAAGUUAUGUUGAAGGAUACAAAUUGCUACGAUGGUUUCCUUGGCAUGGUUCAAGCUUUGCAGUUCAUGGAGACUGAUGUUAUUGCAAUCAUUGGCCCCCAGUGUUCCACAAUUGCCCAUAUUAUUUCAUAUGUAGCGAAUGAGCUCCAGGUUCCUUUGAUGUCCUUUGCAUCUGAUGCAACUCUUUCAUCGAUACAGUUCCCGUUCUUUGUUAGGACUGCUCCCAGUGAUCUCUAUCAAAUGGCAGCUGUGGCAGCAAUUGUUGACUACAACCAGUGGAAGUUAGUGACUGCUAUCUAUGUUGAUGAUGAUUAUGGUCGAAAUGGCAUUGCUGCUUUGGAUGAUGCACUUGCCGCACGGCGCUGUAAAAUCUCCUACAAGGUUGGGUUUCCUGUCACUGCUAAAAAGAGUGAGCUCAUAAAUUUGUUGGUUCAAGUAAGCUAUAUGGAAUCUCGUAUUAUCAUCCUCCAUACUGGUGCUGGACCUGGACUCAAGCUUUUCUCUAUGGCAAACCGACUGGGCAUGAUGGCCAACGGCUAUGUAUGGAUUGCAACUGACUGGCUUUCUGCGUAUCUUGAUGCUAAUUCAUCGGUUGCUGCUGAGACUAUAAAUGGCAUGCAAGGUGUUCUUACUUUACGGCCACACAUCCCCAACUCAAAGAUGAAGAGUAAUUUGAUCUCCAAGUGGAGCAGGCAAAGUCAGAAGUAUAACAACAGUGAUCUUCGCAUAAGUGCUUAUGGUUUUUAUGUUUAUGAUAGUGUAUGGGCAGUAGCCCAUGCUCUGGAUGCCUUCUUCAAUGAUGGCGGGAGGAUCUCCUUUUCAAAUGACUCAAGGUUGCGUGAUACAACUGGGGGAACUCUUCACCUCGAAGCAAUGAGUACAUUUGACAUGGGGAAUGAAUUAAAGGACAAGAUUAGAAAGGUAAACUUCAGUGGGGUGUCUGGGCAAGUGCAUUUUGAUAAUACGGGUAACCUCAUCCAUCCUGCCUAUGACAUCAUAAACGUCAUUGGAAAUGGCAUGCGGACAAUUGGUUUCUGGUCAAAUUAUUCUGGCUUGUUGUCAACUGUCACUCCAGAGUCUCUAUAUUCAAAGCCUCCUAAUACUUCUCUGGCCAAUCAGCAUCUUUAUGAUGUUAUUUGGCCUGGGGAGACUGCACAGAGGCCUCGAGGCUGGGUUUUCCCUUCUAAUGCCAAGGAGUUGAAAAUUGGUGUUCCCAACAGAUUUAGCUUCAAAGAGUUUGUCACGAAAGACGAUGUUACCGGUUCAAUGAAGGGUUAUUGCAUCGAUGUCUUUACUCAGGCAUUGGCUUUGCUUCCUUAUCCUGUUACCUACAAGUUUGUACCUUUUGGGAGUGGUACUGAAAAUCCCCAUUUUGACAAAAUCAUACAGCUGAUUGAAUCAAAUGAGUUUGAUGGAGCUAUAGGUGACAUCGCAAUUACAAUGAACAGGACUAAAUUAGCUGAUUUCACCCAGCCAUUCAUUGAAACAGGCUUGGUUAUCUUGUCUCCUGUUAAAAAGCAUAUAACAACGUCCUGGGCAUUUUUGCAGCCAUUUACUUUGGAGAUGUGGUGUGUCACAGGGUUGUUCUUUCUUAUUGUGGGUGUGGUUGUUUGGGUUCUUGAACAUAGAAUCAAUGACGAGUUCCGUGGCUCACCACGACAACAAAUGAUAACUAUUUUCUGGUUCAGCUUUUCGACUUUAUUCUUUGCACACAGAGAAAAUACCAUGAGCACCUUAGGGCGUGGUGUCUUGAUCAUAUGGCUAUUUGUUGUUUUGAUCAUUCAAUCGAGCUAUACUGCGAGUCUUACUUCCAUCCUGACCGUGCAACAACUUGAUACUUCUAUAAGAGGAAUUGAUGACCUGAAAAAUAGCGACGAUCCUAUUGGUUUCCAAGUUGGCUCUUUUGCACAAGACUAUAUGGCCCUGGAACUUAACAUCUCACGGUCAAGGCUAAGAGCUCUCGGUUCUCCACAAGAAUACGCUGAAGCUCUCAAGCUAGGCCCUAAGAAAGGAGGUGUUAUGGCCAUUGUCGAUGAGCGCCCCUAUGUUGAACUGUUCUUAUCAAGUAACUGCAAGAUUGGUGUAGCUGGAUCAGAUUUCACCAGUAGAGGAUGGGGCUUUGCAUUCCCAAGGGACUCCCCGUUGCAAGUAGACCUGUCCACCGCAAUCCUGACACUGUCGGAGAAUGGGGAACUGCAGAGGAUCCAUGACAAGUGGCUCAAGACAGGCGAGUGUGCAGCUGACAGCAGCGAGUUUAUCGACUCAAACCAGCUUCGCCUCGAGAGCUUCUGUGGCCUGUUCCUCAUCUGCGGUGUGGCUUGUAUCCUUUCGUUGACCAUCUACUUCGCUAUUAUGCUGCGCAAAUACUUGAGACACGAACCGAAGAAGAGCCUCAGGAGAUUCAUCUCCUUCGUCGAUGACAAGGAGCCGCCAAAGAACAGGAAGCGAUCCUUGAGCCUGCCUGGAACCUCGACGCCGAUGACCCCGAUGAGCAGCCUUACUGCCGUCGACAUAGAAAGGCCCGCAAGGCCAGUCAGGAACGGCAGCAUCGCUGAUAUAGAGAGCUAGUAGUUCAUAUGUACAAAGCUAAUAUAUAUGUACUGUAUGUUUUUUCGACUGGAGAUACGCCAUGUUUUGGGUCAGUGCACCCGAUCUAAUCAAAAGAGAAAAAUAGAUUCGGAGGCUGUGUAGGGUAACUACUUCUGUAGGUUUCUGGCAACUGGAAAAUUGUAUAGAAGCUAUUCUUGUCCUUGAAUGGUACUACAGUGAAAUGGAAGGGAAAUGUGUUUGCUUGAGUA